CAAGCAACCUGGGUAUCUUCUGCCAUAAGCCUAGCAACCUGUGUCAGUCUUGUGAUAAUAUAUCUAGAGAACAUAACGUAAAUAUGAAAGUGUUUGUGAAAUCUUGGGUGUACAUUCGUGCCCGUAUACGUGUCCUGAAGAAGAGACACUCGUGCUUCCGUCCACGCGGAUUCUGCGUGCGCAAGUGCAAGACUACGCGUAGAUGCAUUGUGGACGCCAAAAUGUCCGUGCUGACUCUGAUCGUGAUUGAGAAGGAUCGUAUACCACGUCGCCUGGGACCCAUGCGUUCCAGCAUUAUCAGGAAGCAAUACCAAUUAAGCAAGAAAAAGGAUGUGCGUCUGAUCCUCCCUGCUGUGAUGCAGCGCAAGCACAAGAAGAAGAGCCAGACCGUUUCCAAGGAGGCUGCCGGCGAAUACGCCACGCUGUUGGUGCAACGCAAGAAGGGGUCCAAGGCCAAGCGCCGCCGUUCUGCCUCCAAUCGCGAGUCCAUGAACUCCGUCUCCAGCGACAAGAAGUAAACACCGCAGACGGAACUCGCAUUCUUCGUUUAAGCAGCAACGGAACGUCGAUCACAACCAAAUGAUCCACGAGGGGAGAUAAGAAACUUUGUAACCAUUUAUGUUAAAUAAACCCGAAAAAUGGUAUA